AUGAAGGUCUUCUCCAACGCCGUCACCUACAACUACUCCUGGGACGAAGUAUCAACCGCCAACUGGCGCAAGUACGGCCCAUGGAACAACAAGUCAGAGCACGUCAUCGCCGUGGACACGCUCUCCCGCACGGUCGACCCCGAGACGGGCAUCCUCCGCACCGAACGCCUCAUCACCUGCAAGCAGUCGGCGCCCGACUGGCUCAAGACCCUGAUGGGCAACUCCAUGGACGUGAGCUACGUCUUCGAGGCGUCCUACGUCGACCCGGCCCGCAAGACCCUCACCAUGGUCAGCCAGAACCUCACGUGGAGCAACCUCGUCAACGUCCAGGAGGAAGUCACCUACACCCCGCUUAGCAACCACCAGACGCAGUUCCAGCAGUCGGCGCGCAUCACCGCCCUCUGCGGCGGCUGGCAGCGAAUCAAGAACAGCAUUGAAGACACCCUCGUGACGCGCUUCAAGGAGAACGCCGUCAAGGGCCGCGAGGGCUUCGAGCGCGUCCUGGAAAUGAGCCGCAUCGUCUUCGCCGAGGAGAAGGCCCGCCAGCGAGCCAUCCUGUAA